AGCUGAUCGCGGAUCAGUAUCGCAAAAGGGCGGUUAGGAAACCAAGGAAACAAUAACUGUAGCUAAGGAGCUAGCGAGCUAUUGUACAUAACUGGUGUUAGUUCGUGCCAUAAUGUUAGAUCCGGUCCAAGUUCGUCGGCGGGGCGCCUUGGACUUUGCGGCUUAUUACGACUAUGCCUGCGCGGCGCAAGACAUGAUCCCACUUCAAGCUGUCAAAGCUACCGUGAGCCAGGGUGUGCUGGACUUCAACGGGGAUCGGAUCAGACUGGCGGACUGGACCCCCAUACUUAACUCCCUCGCCAUCAACAAACAGCUGCAUCACGUCGCCAUCAGAAGCGCAUAUCAGCCCGGUCUCGGAGAACCGGAAAAAUACAGGUCACUGAACAGGAAGAAGAUCCCGGCCUUUCGCUCAAAGGACAUGACAUUCAGGCUGUGUAAAGCUGUACGGGACUGUCUGAGCAUCUCUCCCUGCCUGCGGACACUGCGACUGCAUGGCCUUCCUCUGCGGGAACGUGACCUCAUCGCUCUCACCAAGGGCCUUGCGAAAAGUUCUUCCUUAGAAAAUCUCUCAUUGGCGUACUGUCCAAUAGCGGACGAAGGGCUGCAGACAAUCUGCCAAAGUGUGAAGUACUCUACUUCAAUCAAGACGGUUGAUUUCACUGGCUGUAAUCUGACCUGGCAAGGUGCUGAACACUUGGCCAACAUCAUCAAGCACCAGGCGACACGGCGGCGCAGUGAUGUUUGGGCUGAAAGUUUGCGCUACAGGAAGCCUGACCUGGAGCACAUGGGCGGCAUACGCAGGAUCACGCUCAACUGCAACACCCUCAUCGGAGACCGCGGGGCUGCUGCCAUUGCGCGCGAGCUGGCUGAGGACCUGUGGGUCAAAGCUGUGGACCUGCAGAAGUGCGGGCUUUCGAAUGAGGGGGCACAGGCCCUGUUGGAGACCCUAAGCUCCAACUCCACCCUCGCUGUGCUGGACAUCCGCAGGAAUCCCCUUGUGGACAAUGGCAUUAUGAAGACCAUAAUUGAGAAGGUUCUUAUGAACACAAAUGGGAAUGCUUCAGAGUAUUGCUGGAUCAAACCUCCAUCACUUAAAGACUCACAGAAGAGCAGGGGGCAGAAGGGCAGCAGGCAGCUGGCAUCUGGAGUAAGAGGAAAAGCCACAUUCAGAAUUGGAACUCGAAGAGCACUCUCUUGUGGCAGAUGGAGUCCGCCACACCCUGGCUCCACUCGAGGCAUACCUUGGCGCUCUGCUGAGCGAGGGAGCCGAGUCAGAGGUCUUCCACAGGGUAUGGCCGAAGGAGACCAUUCCUAUCAGGAAGCAGGCACUGUGAAAAUUACAGUGGAAAUGGAGUCUGAAUCAGAAGAGCAGGAUAGUGGAACUCGGACUCCUCCAACGCUGAGCCCAGCAGAGAAGAUCACAGUGCACCAGUACAAGCGGCUACAGGUGGAAUUGGAGGAGUAUCGCCUCAGACUGACAGAGGAGCGGAAAGCGAGAUUGAAAGCUGACGCCCGUUUAACAGAGCUGGAGAUGGAGAACACUCGCCUGAGGAACAUGAACGUGUCCCUGUCAGAAGCCCUGCAGUCUCAGUCUGGAAUGUCCAGCGCACUGGAGGACGAUGCCGUGCUGGAGAGCAUUGAGACAUCCUUUCAGAAGUUCCACGCCUUCCUGGACCUGCUGAAGGAUGCUGGACUAGGCCAGCUGGCAUCCAUGGCAGGAAUAGAAAAGUCCCAGUUUGGGCCUCUGGGGCGCCCCCAGCUAUCCUCCACACUGGGGCGUAACGGAGCCAACGGCAGGCCUGCGACAGGAGAUGAGCUCCCUGCUCCAUCUGUACACCAGGCUGAUGGCUCUGUAGGGGGCACUCCAGCGUCACUGAGGGAGAUACUGAAUGAAGGAGCUGUACAGGAAGUGGCUGUCAGCCCGGCACGUGCCUCUUCUGGGAGCGGCCGGCAUUCCUCGCUCUCAGGUGGGAAAGCUGGGGAGGAAUCUGCACAGCAGAGGGGCAUCUCCCCCCUCGAACCAGCAGCACGGCCAGCGUCAAGCAAUGGGGACGGAUCCCAUGGCAUUGGCUCCCGCUGUGGCAGCUCCCAUGGCAAUGGGUCACACAGGGAUGCUCCCAGGCAGUCCAGCCCCAGUGUCAGGGGUGAGUCGUCGGGCUCCGAGCACUCAGUGGCAGGGCGGAACGGGUCUAAGGAGAAACCUCUCUCUGGCUCUGAUCCGCUGGAGCAGAUCCAAUCUCUGAGCAGUCAUGGGUCCAGUCUAGGGUUCUAA